GCGACAUCGCAGUGCCCAGUGGCAUCCUUGCCAUCUAUGGCAGUGCUGGUACUGGCUGCCGAUUGCGACCAUCGUGGAGCCACUCUUGGAGCUCUUUCAGGUGGCUUGCUCGGCGAUGGAGGCCCUGGCUGCCCUUCUCGAGCCUCCGAUGGCCGGGGACUUCGCUCCCCGCGCGGCGCACGCGGCGGGUCUCUGGCUGGAG